CAGAUGACGUUUUCUUUCACUUUGAACAAAUUCGCUCUGCUGUUAUUGAGCUGCGAAAGCUAAACGAAAAUUAUUAAAAUUUUAUUGCAAAUUAAUUGUGAGUAAUGUUCAAUUGGUAUUAACUAAACAGGCGGUAAAGAAAUCAAUUUUAUUAUAUAGUGAAAUUAUAAUAUUUAAAUGCAAAAAAGUGAAUUUCUCGAGCGGCCGAAUAAAAAUUUCACUACGCGACUCCCAUUUUCGGUUAGGGUCGUGGCUCGCGUAUUAAACAUAUGUGCGAGAUAGAGAAAGCCACUGCUUGCGGCUGCAUGUAGCAAUUGUGCGUGCGAACGAGAAGACAAGUGUUGUUUUUUUUCGUUUUGGUGUAAAGUCGAAGAAAAUUUUUGAGCAAAGAAUUUAAUAAUGAGAUAAUCUUUGUAUUUAUCCAAAUACCAUCAGCGAAGUGAAAGAAAAGCCAAACAAAUUGUUAAUUGUCUAUAUAAUUAAUUGAAUUUGAAGUAAAUGUGUUGGGGAAGUGCGUGUUAUGUGGUUAAAUAUCGAUAAGUCGCAACAGCUGAUGCACUGGUGCGUUUAAUCUUUAGUGGCAAACCCCCACGCCGGUGGGGCUUAAAAAGCAUUAUAACAAAAAAAAAUAAAGAAGUAGAAAAAACACGCCAGAGAGUGAUUCACAAGUUUCAAGCAGGCGUAGCACCUUUCCAAAACUGCACUAGCUUAUGCUUAUUAAUGUGGAAUUUGUUGUUUAAAUAUUUGUGUCUAUGAUACGUGUGAAAGAAAGUUUCGUUUAGGAAGGCUUUUUUGCUUUCUUUUUGUUGCAUGAAUCGAAGGAUUGAUUGCUGUUGUCUUCUUGUGGAUUAUUGUGCUCGUGGCUGAGCGAAAAACGACGAUUGCGACGACCACGACCACAACGACGCCUAUCGGACGGAUCGGUUCUUGAAACGACCCGCGUUGCUGGUCCUUUGGGAAGAGACAUAUACGUCUGAUCUGGAUAUAAUUGCAUGAUGGAUGCUGGACAGCAAGAAACUAGACAGGCACAUCAUCGUGCUUCCGUGAAGUGGCUACUCGCCAAAGCCUUCAACAAUAAUAUUCCAGAUAAUUUACGUGAACCCUUCUAUACGGAUCAUGACAAUCAGGAACGGCUGAAACCGCAAAUUGUUGUAGAAAUGGGAAAUGCAACGCUCUACUGCCAGACAUUAUCCAACAUAUAUUCGGAUCCGAAUUAUCAAAGUCUGAAUCAUUGGUCCAUAUUGCAGACAUUAUCACGUAAAGGUGUGCCAGUCGCUGAGUCACCAGAGAUGCCAUUAACCGAAACGGUUUUGAUACAAACAAAUCCUUUGAGGAUAAACGCCCACAUGUCCGUGAUUCAAUCACUAAUGACUCUGUAUGCAAAGGAGAUAACUUCGGGCGAACGCAUAGCUAAUGCGGUUGCAAGAAUUACGGGUAAUAAUGGCCAACUGCUACCGCACGAUCAGCCAUUCGAUCAGCUGCUGCUGUUGUGGAUCUCACAUGCUUGCACUUCGUUGAAGAAACGCAUUGCGCGUGAGGUCGAAUUGAGCACAACGGAUGAAAAUGGCGUACGCCUGCAAGUGCCCAACAUUCCAGCCGUGCACGAUUAUCAGAGUCUAUGUGAUGGCGUUUGUUUAGCUUUAUUUAUAUCGUAUUAUUGCCCGAAAGCGCUACCAUGGUCGCUAGUGCGUAUUAAUUAUUUACCAGCCGUCGAGGAUUCCGUACACAAUGUGUCUUUAGUCAGCAAUUUUUGUCAACAACAUUUGCCAUAUAAUGUGUUCCAUAUGAAUCCCGAAGAUGUGACAUUCAUGCGCAAUUCGAUGAAGCUAAAUUUAGUUGUGCUGUUGGCUGAUUUAUUUCUGCUCUUCGAAAUUCAUCCUGCAAAAUGUGUUUGUUAUCCCGGCAUGGAUGCGCCAGAGAUCAUCAGUAAACGUUACUUUGGCGUUAAUGAGCUUGGAAUAUGUCAUCGCAGGGGUCUCACCAUGCAGCCCGUCAUACCAAUUCCAGAUCUGAGAAGCGAUUCAGAUUCGAAUUACGGCUCGCCAACAAAUCGACCGCCAUUUCAAGUUUCGAAUUCGGCCUCGGACGAACUCGUGUAUGGCAACAAUUCUGCAACAUUAAUGCAAAAUGCGGGUUUAAGAAAUUCGGAAAAUGAAGCAUUUGUUGUUCAUAAGUCACGUGGCGUCACAACCCUAUCGUCGUUGCAUUCACAACAACAACAACAACAACAGGAGCCAUUGGUUCCCGCACGUUUGCGUCAAUCGAAAGAAAAAUCAAAUAUCGAGACAAAGGCUGAUGAAAGAGGUGAUUACGUACCAGCAGGCAGACCCAGCAAUUGGGAGCAAAAUCGGCGUCCUAGUUAUGCAGGACGUCGCUCACGUCGAAAUUCAUCCAGCGAAGACUCACAAUUGACAAUUGAGAAUUUCGGUGGCUCUCAAGAUCAAUUGAAUGCGGUCGGACGUUUUGAGCGUGAGCGUGAACGUGAACGCGAACGCAAGCACUCCAAUGUCAGUGUGGUGGAACCCGCUGUCGCUGUACGCUCCUCCAUUGCCGAUGCACGCGGCACGCUGCAACUUGGCUACGACACGGAUUCGGGUUCAGAGAAGCAGGAUCGUGAGACCGAGAAAUAUUUAAUGAAGCGACAUGCAAGCACCGAUAAUGUCAACGUGAAUGCCUCCAAUACUCAACUGAACAGCAUUGUCAGCACAGUUAGUAGUCCGAUGCCUUCCACACGUCGUCAGCACCCUAUUGAAAAAGACAAUCUGGAUAAACAGUAUGCCGAACGCAAAGAUAGCAGCACGAAUGAUUAUGAGCAAACUUUGACACGGCGCUCAACACAAAGUUCGGGCUCAAGCAAAGUGGAGGCUUGGAAUAAUAGUAAAAUUGAUCCCUAUGACGAUGAUCUGCGCACGUUGGAGAAUGCCUCCAAGUUGUCCAAUAUACGCAUGAAACUCGAAGAGAAACGUUUACGCAUCGAACAGGAUAAGCGUCGCAUUGAAAUGGCGUUGUUGCGUCAUCAGGAAAAGCUUGCACGCGAGGAUUUGGAUGCCUCGUCGGAGGUGUUGAAAUGGGAGACAUUGAGUAACGAUUCAAAUCGUACGCCAGAUCUUGAUCCGCUCGACUUGGAUAAGUAUCAGCAAAGUCUGGCUAUUAUGAAUAUGAAUUUACAGGAUAUACAACAGGAUAUACAAAAGCUAACAGUCCAACAAAAUCAAAUACAAGCACAACAAUUGCAAGCGCAACAACUGAUGCACGCACAGCAUAUGGCCAACAUGUUGAAUCAGCCUCCAUACGGUUCACAACAACAUCUCAGCGAUAAUUUCAAUCAAAUGCAAAUGCAACAACAACAACAACAGCACAAUUUCGGUUCAACACCACAUCUAGCACAUUCCUCAUACCAACCGCAUGCCAAUCUCUACAAUUCACGGCCGCCCAGUCGUGAUCCCUACCAACAACAACAACAACAACCACAACCACCACUACCACAAAUGCCAUCAAUGCCAAUGCAAUAUAUUAAUGAACAUGGUCAAUAUGUGUCGCAGCAGCAGCCACUACCAAUGAUGCAACAACAACAACAACAACAACCACAUUAUAUGCAACCACAAAAGUUAUAUAAUGAUAAUAUGGUUCCUUACAACAACCACGUAUAUGGUGGACCACAACCACAAUAUGCACCACCUCACCUCAAUCAGACGCCACCACAAUAUAUGAAUCGCGCCAGCAUGUAUGAUGAUUAUGGGCGUGAUCCGAGCUCACCACAACCGAAUCCCAUGUAUCCGCAUGAGAUGUCGCCACAACCGACGCAACCGCAGCGACGCACAUGGAAUCAAUCGGUGUAUGAGCAACAGCAACAGCAGCAGCAACAACAACAGCAACAGUAUCAGCAAUCACAAGCACCUUUGGUGGAUGUGAAUGCUUGGCAACAGCAGAAGCAACGCGCAUGCCUGCCCGGCAUGGAUGGCAAUUACACAUGGAAGAAAUCCAAUCAAAUGGCCGGCAAUGGUGGACGUGAAGGUUUUGUGUUGCAUCAAAAUGAUGGCGGUGGUGAGUAUCAGCAUCUCUUCCGCUCCUCACCGCAGCACCUACAGCAACACAACAACGAUGGCAUCGGCGGUGGUGGCGGUGGCCUGCAGCGUCAACAUUCAAUCAGUAAUAUGCCAAUGACAACGAAACAAGCGCCCACAACAGCGGCGACGUCUUCCUCAAAUUCUUCGGGUGGCCAACAGAUGUGCGAUGAUAUGAUGGCGCCACAGAGUAUUUGCUUUAUUGGCGAUGAGGAUGAUGUGGAGGAGUUGGAACGCAAUAUAAUUGAGUCGAUGCAGCAUACGCGCAUCGCUGACUAUGCACACCAACAGCAGCAGUAUCAAAUGCAACAGCAACAACAACAACAACAGCAGCAACACUAUCAACAGCACGGCAGCGACGGCAGCUACGACGGUGGCAAUGAGUUGUUGCCGCAAAAGUUACACAUAACCAGCGGUAAUCUCACCUAUCGCAUACCGUCGCCGUCCAGACCCGCUGUCAACGCCAACAGUUUUCAGCAGGAUCCACGUGAUGCGAAAACCGAGAAGGGCUUUUACAUCUCAUUCGACGAUAAUCAACCGAAGCGUCCGAAACCUCCCUUGCGCGCGAAACGUUCGCCGAAGAAAGAGCGCAGCAUGGACAGCACUGAUCAUCAGUUGCCCGGCAGCAAAAUGGAACCGCUCAAUCGUGCGCACAGCAUCAGCGAAGACAACAAUCCGACCUUCAAUGGCGGCUCGUUGUUGCAUGGUGCACGUCAAUACGCCGGUGGCAUCGGCAAUAUGGAUAUGCUUAAGAAUGGUGUUGGUGGUGGUGGCGGUGUCAAAAUGAGCGAUAUUAAUACGGCUACAUAUAAUAAGUACACGGAUGCGCCUAUACAACUACGCCAUGAUGACCUCAAAAGCCAAAAAGCGCCAGUCGCCCAGCCACGUUCGCCCGUACAUCAUCAAUUCAAUGUGUCUGCGACGGCUGCGGCACUCUCGUCCUCACCGCCAAUAACGCGUAGUCAGCAAAGUACACUUACUGCCGCCGCCGCCGCCGGUGGUGGUGGUGGUAGCAAUAGUCAGACGAAGGCGUUGGUCAUUGGCACCGAUGUCAGCAAUUUGGAUCGGGAAUCUAUCGAUGAAAUGGAGCGUCGCAAAGAGAAAAUCAUGUUACAGUCACUGCAGCGUCGCCAACAGCAAGAGGAGGCGAAGGCGCGUAAAGAAAUCGAAGCGACACGCAAGCGUGAAAUGGAGCGUGAAAAGGAAGAGGAGAAGGCGCGCAAGAAAGAAGAACAAAUGGCGCGACGAGCGGCAAUUUUAGAGCAACAUCGAUUGAAGAAAGCCAUCGAAGAGGCCGAACGUGAGGGUAAAACCCUGGAUCGUGCCGAAUUAACAAUGAAACAGUCAACACAAAAUUCCACAACGCCACGUCUGCGUCAAACGCGUCCCACACGGCCACGCCCCAAGACCAUACAUGUCGACGAUGGUUCCGUGGACUUGAGUGAGGCAUCGAGUAUUUCUAGUCGUAGUAAAAAAGGUUCUAGUACCAAUCUAACAGCCUACGGUACGUUGAGCAAUUCCAACACGCUGAGAAGAGAUUUUUAUAGAGGCUCACACGAUUCUCUAACUGUCAAAGAAUCACCUGAUGAAUACCCAAGCACAAGUUCAACACCGAUUGGGCGCAGGGGAUCAUAUAAAGCAUCAAGAGAACCAACCGUCGAUCGAGGCCGUUCACGUAUAUCUGUAGCUAAAGGAAGUAGCCUUAAUUUCCGUGGUCGCAAGUCGAAUUCGCUAAUGAAUCUGUGUGAUACAGAUUCGGGGUUGGGUCGUGCCACACCGCCACGUCGUGCGCCUUCGCCGGGCAUGGCUUCAGGUAGGCAUAUGCCGUCGCCAUCGGGACCGGGCUCACUGCCACCAGGUUUGAUAUCGAAACGUCGUGGCUUCGAUGAUGGAUCGGGCCUGCUCUCAGCCAAUCUAGGCUCUAUGGAAUAUUCGGGUCCGAAACUCUAUAAACAACCGGCCGCCAAAUCGAAUCGUGGCAUCAUAUUGAAUGCCGUCGAAUAUUGCGUUUUCCCCGGUGCGGUGAACCGUGAGGCCAAACAAAAAGUACUCGAGAAGAUCGCACGCUCCGAGGCGAAACAUUUUCUAGUGCUCUUCCGCGAUGCCGGCUGUCAAUUUCGUGCAUUGUACAGCUAUGUACCCGAAUUGGAUCAAGUGACCAAAUUGUAUGGUACAGGACCUAGUCAAGUGGAUGAAGUCAUGUUUGACAAAUUCUUUAAAUACAACUCAGGCGGCAAAUGUUUUUCACAAGUCCAUACAAAACAUCUAACGGUCACCAUCGAUGCAUUUACAAUACACAACUCACUGUGGCAGGGCAAGAAGGUGCAUUUGCCCAGUAAAAAGGAUAUGGCGUUAGUUAUAUAAGGUGUCCCAAAGUGUUGUUAUGGCGCGCGCAAAACGGCCGUUCUACUACCACUACUACAAACGCAUAUGGCAACGCUUUUCGCUGUGUGUGUGUGUAUGCGCUCGCUGGAUGGAAUGUUGCAGCUGCGAACGAAGAGAGAGCGAACUCAAAGAACAACCAAGGCAUGCAUGCAAAUUGUCAUCAUCGUCGUCUGAGAUACAUACACACAUACAUAUAUAUGUAGUUGUAAAUUGUUGGUUCGAAAGUUAUAUAUUUACAUAUAUGCAUAAACAUUUGCAUAACUACUUAUAUAUAUAUAUAUAUAAUAUAUAUAUGAAAGAUCAUUUAUUGAUUGAUAAGUAAAAUAACAAAAAAGAGACACAAAAUUUAUUAUAAAUGCGUGUGAACAAGCAGAAGAGUUGAACAAAAAAAAAGAAACGGUAAAUAACUAACAUUUACUAACUGCAAAACUUAAAAAGUAAAAAGAAGGCACGUGCAGCGUAGUAAAGUGAGUGAAAAGUAAGCAAGAGAUAGAGAGAGCGAGAGGGUAAAAGUAAAAGAGCGAGCUUAGCGUAAACAGAAAUGUGUUGUUAUUGUUGCGUGGCUUGACAGUCAAGCUGUCGUGGAAAAAGAAGCAGUAAGCUUAAGCCGUUCACACAUACACACACCUAGGAUAUACAUAUAUACAUACACAUCUAUGUAUAUAUAAGCAUAUAUCCAUAUACACAUGCAUACAGAAAUUAAAGAAAUAAAUAAAUAUAUAUAUAUACAGUAAUUAAUUCUCUUUUAUAAGCUUGCUAGUAUAAAACACCUGUUGAACUUAUUUAAAAAUAAACACUAUGUAAUAACCUACAUAUACAUACAUACAUACAUACAUAUAUACUUAAAUACUUGUGUAUUGUAUGUAGCUGUAACUGUAACUGGCGCUUGUCAAAGUCAAUAUACUUCUUUUGCGCUUUGGAGCGAAAAGUGGAACAACAACAACAAGAAACACUCACUCACACACACACAUACACAUACUCACUCGUCUAUAUGUACUAAAUACUAGUUAUUUUACAAUAUAAUUAAAAAAAACAACAACAACAGCAAUCGCAACAGCAGCAAAACGAAAAAUAAGCUAUAAAAACAAAUAAGUACGAAAACUAAUAGUAUUCACUGUAAACUUAACAUUUGAGUGAACUCAGAUUUUAUUUUAACCCCACUUUUUUAAUUAAUUAAUUAAUUUUAAUUAAUAUUGUUUUAUUUUAAACUUUUUUUAUCAAAACCGAAAACAAAAACAAAAAACAAAUAUAUAUAUAUAUAUAUAUAGAAUGGAUUUUUUUAAAUCGCUAUUUUCAUAGAAAUAAUUUUGUAGCAAUAUUGAAUGUGUAACAACUACAUACAUACAUGAAAAAAUUUAAUAUACACAUAUGCAAAGUGUUUUGUAUGUCUGUUAGUGUAAAGCAUAACGAAUAAAAAAUAUGAAUACGUACAUACAUAAAUACAUAUAUACUUACAAGCAAAAAUUGUUGUUGGUUUUAGUGUGUAGAUGUCGGCAGAAAUUUAAAAAAAAAAAUGUUUCCAGAUUUUAAAUGCUUGGAUACGAAAGACAGUCGCAAAAUUUUUAAAAUUCAGCGUUAAGUAUGUAAUUUGAUAUUUUUGUUUGUUUAUUGAACGCAAUUUGUCUGAAUUUUCGGCUUUUUAAAUGUACUUUUCCAAUUUUAUUGCAUACUUUUAGGCGCAUAAACUUGUUUUAAACAUUGUCGUGUAUUUUACAGAAUUUCAGUGCAUAAUUUUAGGCGCUUAAAAAAUUCUAAAUACAGACAAAAUAUUUUUAUCAUUAAUUUGUAUGAAAAAAAAUAGAAGUAUUAUAUUUGCAAGUAAUUUUGAAAAUAAAAAUUAUAAAUUAUUAGUUUUCCAAAAUAAUCUUUUCUUGAAAAAAAAUUAAAAAUUUAAUUAUAAUUAAAAAAUUAAAUUUUUUUAUUAAUUUUUAUUACAAAAAGUGAAACAAUUACUAUUUUUUCAUUUCUUUUAACAAAAGUAAUAAAGAUUAAAUUAUAGUUGUUUUUAAAAAACAGUUAUUUUUUUAAAUUUUAAUUAAUAAAAAAUAUUCAAAAUUUAUUAAUUCAUAAAAAAAAUUAAAAUAUUUUUUAUUACACAAAGUAAAAUACAUAUGUUUUUUUUGGGAAAAAAAUUUUCAAUUGAUGUAUUAGAUACUUUAAAAAAACGAAGACAAAUUAAAAAUCACAAAGACAUAUGCCAGCAAUUUUUAGCAAAAAAUUAUAAAAAAUUCAGUCAAAAUACAUAGGUGUAUGUAUAUGUGUGUAUAAAUAAAAAUUAAUCUCAAAUUCUUUAAAAGAACUUUGGUCACAGGCAAAGGCACUUGAUUCUGCCCAAUUCUCAUAUGUUUAUAUGUACAAAAAUUUACAUCAAACUGUCGCUUCUACCUCUAGCUACAGUUAUUUGUUGCGCAGCUUCUUAAUAAUGCAAAUAAUUAUAUAAUUUGUGAGGCACAUAAAGCAAUUUUUCAAGUAUUCCAAGCGCCGCUCUAGUGUUAAUAGUGCAAUGGUAUUUUUUUUUU